AGCUCGAGUCCCUUUGACCUGCCGGCGAAAGCCCCGAGACAGCAAGACACCGUCGUCUCUCCGCAGCCAUGGCGGCGCCUGUCGCGCUCGUGUGCACCCGGUGCCGCAGGGCGGGCCACGCGGCCAAGGACUGCCAGGUCCUGAGCUUCACGCGCAGGACGCCGGCCGAGCUCCGAGCAGAGCGGCUGGCGAAGCGCGCCGAGUGGGAGGAGAGGCAGGCCGAGAGGCAGGCGAGGCGUGCCGAGUGGGAGGAGAAGCAGGAGAGGUGGCACUCGAGGCAGGCGCAGCGCGAGAAGGAGCAGGAGAGGUGGGAGCUGUGCAGCCAGGCCACGGACGCCUCCACGGCGGCGACGACCGCGGCGAUGACGCCCGAGGACGAAGAGGAGGUCGAGCGCCGCGUGGCCGCGGACAGGGCCGUGCGGCGGCACGAGAAGGCGCUGCGCGAAAUCGCCAGGCUGGAGGGCCGCGGCGACCUCGACGCGCUGCAGAGGGCCAAGCUGCAGCGCCGGCCCGAGGUGGAGGCCGAGCUGUCGACCGCCAGGGGGCUCGCGGGGGCCCUGGCCCGGAACGAGCUGCGGCGGGCCGCCCGGGCGCGAGUGCAGUGGGGCCGCCAGCCGCCGGCGCGCGGCGGGCGCCGUUAAAUGCCUUCCUUUCUGGUGCAGCCAGGGAGCGUGUGUGCGUUUGCGGUUUGCCUCCCGGUGCGCCUUCGGCCGGCCUCGGGCGCAGGCAGAGGCGCGCUCCGCCUCGUGCAGGAGCUCUUCUUCCUGCCGCCAGCGGCUAGCGCAUACUGUGCGCUAGCGCAUACUGUGUGUGUGUGUGAAGUCAGCUGUUCGAGGUCUCGUCUGCGAUAUUUCCACAGCCGCCAGGUUGCACAGUGUACAGACACGGCGGCCGAUCGCUGCGAGUCCGCCGACGAAAGCGCGCCCAGCCUACCUCGCGCCGUCCUCACGGCUGCCUGCACAGAUUUGGCGCGUCGGGUGCUCGUUGCGAGUGGCAGGAAAGAGGCAAUCCCUGGCGCUUCGCGCAUCCCCGUCAGCCCAUCCCGAAAGCCACCCCGUCGUCUUGGGAG